CAUGCUCGCGCAAUUCCUUAGAGAUGGUAUGUUUGGGGCAAGAGCGUGUCGUUGGUGACAGUAGUGAGAGAUCAACUCUCGCCUUUCUAUUGCAAUCUAGGGAUGAAAAUUAAUUGAAUUGCUGUCCGAAUUAUCAAGAAACUUCACGCGCUAUUUAGUGACGAAGGGUAAAAUCUCUAGCUAGAAACUACGUCUAUAAACUCAGGGCAAACUUUACAAGAAUGUCUGUGGAACAAAAGCGACCUCAAAUCGCGGCUAUGUUCCGCGGCCCGGGACCGGCGAAAUAUCGUCUGCCCGGCGGAUGUGGAUAUAACGACCAUGAUCCACGAAAACACAAGAAACCAGCUUGGAGUUUUGGUCUUAAACUUGGAUUAAAAUCACAGAACGUGGGACCAGGGCCGGCAUAUCUGAUCCCUGCGCGCAUAACACGAACAGGCACGGAUGGUACUCCAGCAUACACGCUACACGAUCGCACACAGCUCAACAAAGCGUUCAGCACUCCAGCGCCUGGUGCAUAUGCCCCGGAGAAGCAAAGGGUCCCCCACCAGAGAUGGGCCCCCAGCUACUCGUUUGGAUCCCGGACACCUUACGCGAAGCGAGACGCCACGCCUGCUGCUAACGCGUACUCUUUACCAAACGUGGUCGGACCCAAGGCUGUGGGCAAGACCGCCCUGCCCGCAUAUUCCAUGUCUGCAAGGCUAAAAAUAGGUGCAUUUCACGAGGACCUACAGAAGACUCCAGGUCCAGGCACGUAUAAAGUGCAUAACCCCGAUUAUAACAAGAAGCGCAUGCCAGCCUACUCUAUGAACGGUCGCAAUUACAUGACCGGGGAUAAUACAUUAAAGCCUGGCCCAGGGGCCCACUCUCCAGAAAAGGUUUACGUGCACAAGAGGAAUGCCCCGAGGUUCUCAUUCGGUAUACGCCACUCGGAAUACAUCGCGCCGCUCAUUGUGGAUCCAGUCGACUAGUUGGUCAGCGGUGUCUUUUAAAAACGAAGCAUUGUUCUUAUACAUAUAAUCACAGGAUGGUAAAGGGGGUAUGGAUCACGUUUUCACGGACCGAAAAAAAUCUUUUUUCACGUUUCACGGGCUGAAACAAACGGCGUCAAGAAAAUUACUAUAAUUAGACAAUAAUAACAGGAAUACGCUAAAUCUCGGUUCACGGAUACUUGAAAGUGCUAAAUCUCGCUUCACGGGGAGAGUUGGAUCACGUUUCACGGACGUCGACAUUGAAGAUUUCACGUUUCUCGGCAUUGAAAAAUUGCAAAAUCUCGUUUCACGAAAAUUCCCUUUACCACCCUGUAAUCAGGGGCUCGUAACUACUUAUGAGCCACUAGUAUAAUAUAUUUUAUCAAACAAAGAUUUUGUCAAAAAUUUCUAAUGCAACCAUGGGUAUUUUAUUUUAAAUUUCUGGCUUAAUUUUUGUAAAACAAAUGCGUGUGUUAUUUCGUAAUUAUAUUUUAUGAAGUUUUUUUUUUUUGCUAAAAGUAAUACUCCCUUGCACUGGCCGAUAAAAUCUAUACGCAAUGUUGAGUCACUUUUCCCAGCUUAAAAGUCAUCAGGGCAAGUUCGCCAGGUGAAUAGGAAUUGCAUCAAAAUGAACCUCGCAGCGUUACCGGCUUUUCAUGUUGGUCAUGGAAUUGGAAACGAAAUAAAUCGAAAAGGGCGUGGUUUAUCCCUUGUCAUCAGGGUCCGGUAGACCAAUUGACAGGGGGGGGGGGGGGGGGGGGCACUGGUCUAAGGGUUUUAUUACUCCGUAAACUAUGUGCACUUAUCAGAGAGUAUUUUUCCAAAGUCCAGAAAAAAAUGUAUUAAUUGAAAUACCUUAAGUGUAAUUCAUGGGGUGAUUAAAUCCGGACUUAUUAGGGGUACACCAGCCUUGCCUCCUAUGUAAAUAGCGUGAUUUAUUGUAUGUAUACACUGGGUGCAAGAGGGUUUCGCCCAAUGCGCGAAUGUUUCUUGUAAGAUGAACAAAGACGAUGAUAAACAUACGUGCGUAAUUUAGCGCCAUGCUCAUGACUCCAGUGAAUGAUUAUAAGCAUGUGCUCCAUUGAACGUCAUACUCACGGAUCCAGCGUUCGUCCCCUAACGACAUUCUUUGUGGGCUAGCAUGUAUUAAAGAGAGAAUAUGAAAUUCAAAUAAAAAUAAUAUUUCAUUCACAGUA